AUGAUCGUCUCAUCAACAAAUACUAAUAAUUCGGUCGUGGCUUCGUCUGCUCAGCGUAUCCAGGAUGGCGUGCCUAAACCACAACCGGCUACUCCCCCAAAGCCACCUACUUUUGAUCAAGCUGAUGAGAUUGAGAUAGAAGCUUUGCCUGCCGAUCCAUCUCCUGCGACUGCCCCAACACCGUUUUCUCAGACAAAACAGCAACCAGGCGUUGGCUACCAAUCCUUUGAUUCAGCACCCCGGCCAAAUCAAGAAAAUUACACCGGCAAAGAGUAUCGAUUCAAGAGAUUUGUCAUUCGGCCAGCCCAACUGAAACUAGAAGGAUUCUUGCUCGUUGCUCUCAUUGUCUACACUAUAACAAGCUACCACGGCAAACGCAAGAAUGAGAAGACUGUCGCACACUGGUGGCAUUCCCAUUCUGAACUACUUCGCACGCAGUUUAGUCAAGUUGGCACCGGAUCGUCCAAAGGCUACAUAGCGGAUGGCCCAGCAUUGUUCUACGGUUAUGCCACCGGACGCAAGGGCUGUCAAGCAUUGACAAUACGCUUUGCACUUCGACCACGUCAAGAUCUACCAUUCAUGAUUUACGAGGAACUACGUGCUGCGAUCGACUUUACUUGGACCGGUCGGAGUGAUCGACUCGAAUUGGUUUGGUCCUUGACUCCAAAAAAGCAGCAAAUGUCAUUUGAAGCCAAGGAUUCCUUUGUCUGGGCCUUGGUCGAGAAACGCGUCAUGAAUGUGGUUCGCGAGGAUAGAUGGGAUGUGCGGACAUUCACCGAAGUCAAGGAAUCUAGUCAAUUGCCAUCACACCUCGUGUUCAUGUCUGAAUCGGGGGAGAUCAACGAACAAAUUAUAAAGAACAAGGAGCUUGGUCUUUUACAGCUAUUGCGAAACAAUCCAUUGAGCUUGGAAUGGUUUGACAGUUUAGUCCUUUCAGGCACCUCGCAGCAAGAACCAUCGAUAUCAGAGCUCCCUCUGCCAUCGGUUCCUUCGAAGCGGACGGUCACACUCCGACUCCGACUACCACCCCACCCGCAAACUUUAGAUCCAAUACCUUUGAUCGAGUUCUGUUUCAAUCUAAUUGACUCAUUAGACCAGGUGGUCUCCCCAACGGCCAUAGCUACCAGCAAGCUUACGAAAAAAAGAGCGGAGAUUUCGAACCUAUUAUUGGAUGAAGAAAGAAAGUACAAAGAACGUGAGAAGGAGGAGGAGCGCCGGAAAAAAAUGAAAGUCUCGCAGGACGAGAAACUUGCGAAGAUGACCCCUGCUGAACAACGGAAGUUUAACGAACGCGAGCGUAAAAGAAACGCGGCCAAGAUCGGCAAAACUUCUGUCAAACGAAAAUAA